AUGAUCCGCAACCUCGUCAAGUACCCGUCCCGCGUCCGUGAGCUCCAGGCCCGCUUCAACGCCCACCCGAACCUCCAUGGCGCCGAGAACCCGACGUACACGAAGGGCGCGAACGACAAGGCCGUCAACACGGCCGCUGCCACGCUCCGCGGCUGGUGGAACAUGUCGUGGGGCCAGGGCAAGGCGGAGUAA